AAGAGCGCGCCGGCCGACCCUGCUCGUCCUCAACUUUUAUCAGUCAAAGUCAGCUGACGCCUAAGCUCUGGCAUGGAAACAUAAUAAUUGAAAUUGUCCAGGGUUGAUAGCGAUGGAGAGCACCUUCUGGGCAGGCUACCAGCUCGGGCUGUUUCUCUUUCCCGGCUUCAAGGUGACCACCCUCACCGGGUUCGUCUUCACGUGCGUCGCCGCGGGUUCUUUGGCGUUUCUCACUGAGGCGGUCAAGGUGUUCCUUUUGGCCAGGGCGCGCCGAAAGGAGCAAUUUGUGGUGCCACCGCAGGAAUGGAGUGACAUUGAGGAGACACCUUUGGUCAGGAUAAGAAACAGGAGAGAAAGGAAUGGCCAAUCCUGCAUGAGCCACUCUUCAGACACAGCCGUCUACCUUUUGUACUCGGUGGCCGCCUAUCUGCAGAUGCUGGCCGUCAUGUCCUUCAACGUUUGGCUCUUCCUGUCCGUCAUCUUUGGCUCCUCUGCCGGAUACGCGAUUUUCUCCCAAACCCCUGAUUCUCGGCCCAAAUUAAUCUUCCCCAUCAUCAAGUCUGCAGACACGUCCGCUGUUCAAAGUCCAACGGACUCGAUUGACCCCGAGCGCACCUUUAGCGAGGCGUCGGUGUCCGGUGCGGACACUCUGGACACGACGGCCAUCGUCCACAGAACAGAGGACGUCGCUUGAACUAAACAUUCCAGACAAAAAAGAAAGACCACUCGCCAAUUUAGGGAAAAAGUGAUGCUGAAAUUGUGACAAUUUAACAAAAAAAGUAUUUUAUAGGGAAAAUUUAAAUUUUAGACCUGCAGACAGAAGCACAAAAUAUCCUGCCAAAUCAAACGAAAUUUUAGAAAUUAGACAAUUUUCCAGAGUGGUCUUACAUCGUUUUAGGGAUAAAAGAGUUUUAAAAUUUUAAAGAAAACAAAUAUCGAUCAAAAAUAUGCAAAUGUGGAGGCCAAAGAGGGUUUUGACCUGCUGAUUAAGAGGAGAAGACUGCCUUUGUAAACAAUAUGAUAAGAGAAAGAGAUAAUUAUAUAAAAUGUGCUUAGUUUUGUAAGAAUGUGUACAGCUGUGCGAAACGAGAUAAAUAAAGAAUUUGAUGGUUGAAAUUUAAA